AUGUCGACUGAUUAUUUUUGUAAAACUUGUAGUAUUGCCUGUAAUGGUAAAGCACCUUAUGAACAACAUUUAAACAGUGCCAAACAUAUAAAAAAAGCUAAAUUAAAUGAAUCCCAAAAUUCUUCUGAACAAUCAAUUAUAUCAACAAAUACGAGUCCAUCAACUCCAACAAUAAAUACCAGUCCAUCAAUUCCAACAAUAAAUACACGUCCAUCAUUCACAACAACAAAGGAUAAUAUUUCUGAAGAUUUAUCUUUUGCAUCAACAUCAUUUAUAAUAAGUCGUGAAACAAUGCGUAUUUUACUUGAAUGGAAUCAUCCACGUGGUUAUAAACCAUAUUGUGAUAUAUGUCAAUUAUUAUUACAUGGUGAAGAUAAUGUCGAUAUACAUUUUCAAUCAAAUAAUAAUAUACAUAAUCAAAAAUUAUUUAUAUGGAAACAAAUUUCUGAAAAUAAUGCAAAAUAUUCAUGUAAAGUAUGUUCAGAAAUAUUUUCAAAUGAUUAUUUAAUGAAUGAACAUUUUACCUCGGAUUAUCAUGCAAAUUUAGUUCAACAAAAAAUUAAUUUAGAAAAAUUUACUAAAAUUUAUGAAGCAUAUAAUAAACUUAAACAAGUUCGAAAACAAAGAAAAAGUUUAGAAAUAGAUCAUGUUAUUAAUGAUAAUUUAGAAAAUCAAUUUGAACAAUUAAAAAUUAUUGAUGGUACAAAACCGAUAUCACGAUCAUCAGCAAAUCCUCCUAUCGUUAUGUCUAAGCUUCUAGAUGUAAUGAAGCAAGUAGCUGAGAAGAAUGAUGACGAUGAUUAA